AUGCAGUUACUGUUUCUCUUGUUUGUUCCAGCCGUUGUAAUCGGAUUCGAUUCAUCCUUCAACUACGGAUGUCAAAAUGGAAAAUGUACUUUCCAACUCGUCGUUCCAAAGGAAGUUGCUCAGUUUAUUGACGAAAAAACAUUGAGUGCCGAAGUGCAGACAAUUGCCUCGAGUAUCACUGCCUUAAACAGUACAAUCACCAGUUUUAGUGACUCUGGAUCAGCCAAUUUCACUUCUAAAUUUGAUGACAGCUAUGCUCCGGUAUUUGCUCAAGCUCAGCUUCUGAAUGGCAGUGUCAAUGUUGCUGCACAGAAUACAUCAGAUCUUCUCGCUUCUUCCAACAACGCCAACACCACUGCUACCCUUCUUUACAACUCAAUUGACUGUUUCAAACAAAACAAUGCAUCCAGUUAUACCUGUUUCACUCCUCCAGUUGUUCCAUCCACCACUCAAAUCGCUCCUUCAACAACUGGAAACCCAUCAACCGAUGACGUAAGUACCGUAUCAGGAGGCAGUACUGAUGCACCAAUCAGCACGGUUUCAUUCACUGGAUCCACACUCCCUGCUGGAAGCACUGGAGCGGAAGGGACUUCAAGCGCUGCCUCUCCAUCUCCAUCUGAUACGUCAAUCUAG